CCUCCUUGUACUGGGAGCACUGGAAGUCUUUUCAGCAGAUGGCUAAUGACAUCACGGAGUACCUGCUCCCUCGUGACGUCACGGGAGGCGUGUUCAUUAGCUGCUGCGCGUCUCGCGCGCUCCGAGCUGUUGGGUUGAGCGCAGUCGUGCACGUGGACGUCGGGUGCAUCAAACAACGGACGGAACCGCCUCGUGGACUAAAAAGUGCUUCACCGGAAAAAGAGAAACGAGAAGACGCGGCGCGCAGAGACUCUUGGGUGGGUGCGCGCGCCAUAUUGGCACCAAAACUUCACGGACGAGCAGAGCAUCGAUUUAGGAGUAAAUAUCGGCGCGCGGCAGGAGCUCUAUGUGCACGUGACUGUUUUAUUAUCAUAUAUAUAUGUGUGGAGAGCAACUUUAAAGACCCAGAAUACCGCGCGGUGACGCCUCCGCGUCGUGCGCUCGACUUCGCUCAACCACCGCCCCGGCGCCAAAUGCUGGAAUGGCUCGCGGCUCUCUGCUUUGUGAUCCUGGUGGUCUUCAUCUGGACAGGCUCCAGAUAUUUUGGCACCACCGAGAGCCGGUCGUCCGAUGUCCAAUUGCUCCAGGGACCGGGGAUUGCGCAACAACCGGCAACCGAGGAGAAGAGCGGCAGGCGCGUCUCGGAGGAGCGCGAGGGGGGCGGCAGCGGCGUUUCCAAGAAAGCGCGCGCUGUGGCUCUGAUCUGCAAACCGUCCGCGCUGGCCAACUACCUCCUGAAACACUGCGGGACCUUCAGCCGGUACUCCCCGCGCGUGGGCUGGACGUGGCGGGCCAGCGCGGUGCUCCAGAGCGCGUACGAGGCGUGCUGGCCGUACGACAGCCCGGUCCAGUUCGUGCGCGACAACCUGCAGCUGAGCGACGACGGGCUGGUGGCGCUGGACUGGGCGGUGCCGGCCUACCAGAGGCGGCGCAGGACCUCCAGCCACUCCGCCAGCCCGGUGCUGCUCAUCAUCCCCAACUCCUUCGGGAAGUUCACCAGGAACGUGCUCAAGCUGUGUGAGGCCGCCCUGUCCCACGGUUACCUCCCGGCGGUCUUCAACCGCCGCGGCCACAACCGCACGCCGCUCACCACCCUGAAGCUGCAGCAGUUCGGCGACCCCGCCGACCUGCGCGAGGCCGUGCGCUACAUCCGCCACCGGCAGCCGGCGGGGCGGCUGUACGCCGUCAGCGAGAGCACGGGCUCCGGCCUCCUGCUCUCCUACCUCGGGGAGUGCGGCUCGUCCAGCUACCUGACGGCCGCCGUCUGCCUGUCGCCCGUCUUCCGCUGCCAGAGCUGGUUCGAGAGCGGCCUGAGCCGGCCGCUGCAGUGGGCGCUGGCGCUCUACCAGAAGAUCGGCCUCAGCAGGUACAAGACGGUGCUGGGUGAGAGCGUCCAGACGGCCGCCCUGUUCUCCAGCUGUUCCCUCCGCGGCCUGGAGGAGGCGCUGUUCUGUAAGGUGGCCUCCGCCUCGCCGACGGGCGCCGACGGCAACGCCUCCGUCAGCUGGGACGGUUACUGGGAACGCAACGAGCCGCUGAGGGACGCGGACGAGGUGGCGGUCCCCGUGCUGAGCGUGUGCGCCCGCGACGACCCGGUCCGCGGCGACGCCCACUCCUCGGUGCCCUUCGAGCUCUUCGAGACCAACCCGCACUUCUUCCUCCUCCUCACCGACCGCGGGAGCCACUGCGGCUUCUCCACGCGGCCCGAGGCCGGCGGCGGCGGGCCGGAGGGCCGUCGGACCAACUGGAGCCACCGGGCCCUGCUGGAAUUCUUCCGGGCGACCACGGACUUCUUCGCCGCCGAAGAGAGGGCGAAGCAGCUCGCCGCCCGGAGGCGGGGCCUCGGGGCAGGGGCGGCGGCGGGGGGGCGGGCGUUCCGCCACCGCAGCGUCAGCACGUGUAAACGAGUGCCGGAGUGUUCCCACAACAUCCACGCCAUCUACAACUGGCAGAGGUCGUACACACGAUGAGGUCACCGGGCCACGCCGAGGCCUCCUGAUUGGUUCAGGGAAGUACCGAGGUCACGGAGUGCGUGUCGCUCUCCCGCGCUUGCCGAUUGCUGCUGAACAUCAUGACAUCGUGUCACGAAACUCUCGAGACGUGCGGCGAUACAUAUAUUUUUUCUACAGACUGGUAAUAAUCUGUAGGAUUUCUGUCUCGACACAUUUAUUAACCCAUCGGUUCCUCCGCCUCGCGGUUUACACGGGACGCUUGAAGCCGCGACGAUCACCGGUAUGUAUCGCUGUUAUUUGUGUUUUCUGUAUUUAUAAGAGAGAGAAAAAAUGUGGAGAAAGAAAUUCUGCUGUUUUAGAAAUAAUAAUACAAUUUAAAUCUAAAUGCAAUAUUUCCUUGGGCACAUUCUGCAUCGAACAACCGUAUUUAUGUCGGCACAAUAAAUACAUUUAAUGUGUAUAUGCUUGGGGAAAAAAAGAAAAAAAUCCUGUGAAACUUGUCAGAUUUGGUCAGAAUGAACUAUUCCAGUGUAAUAAUACACAUUAAAGAGUCAAACCGUG